AUGAUGAUCAAGUUUUUAAAGAUAAUACUCGGUACGGGCUUUGCUUUCAUUUUCAUCUUGGUUACGAUAGCGUCAAUUAGAACUCUGUCACUGGACGUCAACGCUGGACUUCAACUCGCACGCUGGGAAACGGUGAGUAAUAUCUCCUUCGAUAUAGACCACCGUAAACGAGAGGAGCUCCUAACUCGCUUUAAAGAGGCCAUUCGCAUCCCCACUGUGUCAUUUUCACCCACGGAGAGCAACACAACUGCACUGCUCGACUUCAACUCGUUUCUCCGAAGAGCCUUCCCUACAAUUUUUAGUUCAAGUCUGGUCCAGCAUGAGCUGGUGGCAAACUACAGCCACUUGUUUUGGAUCCCUGGAUCCAAUUCCGACCUGCUCCCCUACCUGCUGUUGGCUCACAUCGACGUGGUGCCCGCCACAGAGUCUGACGGCUGGGUGGCUCCGCCUUUUUCUGCACAGGAGAUAGAAGGUUUCAUCUAUGGUCGAGGGACCAUAGAUGACAAAGGCUCUUUAAUGGGUAUUCUUCAAGCCUUGGAAUACUUGCUGAUUAAAGGCUAUGCACCACGUAGAGGAUUUUAUAUUGGUCUCGGCCAUGAUGAGGAAGUCAGUGGUUAUCAGGGAGCUGUGAACAUUGCACGACUUUUGAAACAGCGAAACACUCGACUGGCAUUUGUACUAGACGAGGGUCUUGCUGUGCUUGAUGGGGUCAUCAGCGGUCUCGAUGGACCCGCUGCUUUAAUCGGUGUAAGCGAAAAGGGGUCUGCCACUGUUAAGCUGAGUGUUUCCAUGCUUCCUGGACAUUCAUCAAUGCCUUCAAGGGAGAGCUGUAUUGGGAUCUUAGCAGCAGCAGUCAAAAAACUGGAGGACAACCCCAUGCCCAUGUUAUUUGGUUACGGACCUGAACGUGAAACAUUUGAACACCUAGCUCACAAGUUUGGGGUUCCAAUGAAGUUCAUACUUUCAAACUUGUGGCUGUUUUCUCCACUUGUUGGCAGGUUUCUUCAACAAAAACCAGACUCAAAUGCCUUUGUAAGGACAACUACUGCAGUUACAAUGUUUAAUGCAGGUGUAAAGACAAAUGUAAUCCCUUCCUUUGCUGAAGCAUAUGUGAAUUUACGAAUCCACUCAGCACAGUCAUUACAAGAGGUGCUGGACCUCAUCCAGUUAACACUUGGAGACCACCGUGUAAAAAUAGAGCUCAUUGAGGGCUUUGAUCCUUUACCCGUCAGUUCAUCCAAUGAGAAAUCAUUUGGUUUCCAGAUCAUCAAGAAAACCUUGUUGGACAUGUUUCCGACAGUAGCGGUAGCUCCAGGUAUUUGCGUUGGAAACACAGACAGUCGACACUUCAAAGAUCUGACCAACGAUAUUUACCGUUUUGCUCCUCUAUGGUUCAAACCAGGGGAUGCAAAGAGGUUUCAUGGCAUAAAUGAAAGGAUUUCUAAAAAGAACUAUGAGGAGCUGGUUCUGUUCUACUUCAGACUAAUCCAAAACGGUGACAUUGGGAAACUCCCUGAGCCUCACACAUUUGUCCAUGAACUCUAA